AUGUCGGAAAUGUGCGUAAUGCUUGGUGAUGUUCCUGUCGUGUUCAAUAAGGAAUUUGGGCACUACACAUAUAUUGAUACUAUUGGAAAAGGUGCAACAUCAAUUGUAAUAAAAGCAAUGAAUAAUAAAACUGGAAAAAUGGUGGCUUGCAAAGUUGUUUCUCGCUUAGUUUUAAUGAAAUUAUCGCAACUCGAAAUGUUUGAGCAAGAACUACGCAUUUUAGAAAAGGUUAAACAUAAAAAUAUUUGCAAACUUUAUGAAAUACUUUACUACGAAGAGGUUAUUAUGGUAGUCAUAAAAUAUUGUUCAAAUGGUGACCUUUUCGAUUAUAUAACUUCACUUGGAACAGUCGGAGAAGUUCAAUGUUAUCGUAUUAUCUUGCAAUUAGCAAAAGCUCUUAGCUACUUGCAUAGCCGAAAAAUAUGCCAUCGCGAUAUCAAACCAGAAAAUAUUGUUUUUGAUGAAAACAUGAUACCAAAAUUAAUCGAUUUUGGAAUUUCUACUGAAGUUUUAAACAAUGCAAGAAAGAACCAUUGCUCAGGUACAUUUCUGUACUGUCCUCCAGAAUGUUUCAAUAGUGUUCAGUUCGAUCCAAUGGCCGCUGACAUUUGGUCAUUAGGAAUGACCUUAUAUACAAUGCUUUUUGGAUGCUUCCCUUGGAAGGAGCAGUCCGAAGAUGAGAUUGUUAACUUUAUUUCCACAACACAAAUUACAGUUCCACCAACAUGCUCUCAAAGAAUGAGAAUGAUUUUAAGACGCAUGCUUGAAUUCGAUCCAAACUUAAGGCCUAGUGCUGAUGAUCUUGUAAAUUUAAUUGAAAAGGAUAACCCACAUUCUAUGCCGAUUAUUCCAAAAAUCACUUUACCAACUUCAACAAAGCCAAAGAAAUCGGGAAAAUGUACUCUGCGUGAAUCAGCUUGCUCAGUUAUUGGAUUUCGUCCUAAAGCAGCAACGAUGAAACCAGUUUAUAUCCUCCGAUAA